AUUUCGGUUGCCUGUAUGAUUGUGAUGGGAUUGUUGGGUAACGGUUGAGCGUGUCACUGGUUGAAGUGUUUUUUAAAAUUGUUCGGUUACAAAAAAGAACUAGGGUUGCCUAGAGCCGGAGCUGAGCGGGUUUCGGUGGCGCUUGAAGAGAGAGAGCGAGAGAGAGAGAGAGAGAGAGAGCAGAGCGGUCUAAGUUGUCUCCUCCUCACGACUCUUGGAACACUUCAGGGCAGUCUAGAGAAUUGAACUUGAGACAGAUGGAUAAGUUGACUCCACAGCUUCCUUCUGGAAUAGCAUCGUUUUGUCAGCAAUAUCCCCCAGCUAACUGGCGUCAAUUUUCUAAUAUAUUCCUCGAAACUGAAGAAUCUCUUGUUGAUUAUGCCAAAUUUUGUUCCUCAGUAAUAGACAUCUACUCAUCUCUGGUCAUGUCUAUUGCCAGUGAAAAUGAGGUUUCUUUUGGAUGGAUAUGUGGUGAAGAUUUAAACUAUUUUAAGAGAUAUUACUUCAAUGCUCAUGUGCUGUCUUCUGGUCCUAUGCAGCAUGAUACCAGACUUGUUGACAUAAUACAUGGUGGCUUUGAAGGUUUAUCUAUGCCAAAGGGAACUCGUUUGGAUCACCUACUAAUUGACUUCUCUACGGAUAUCUUUAAAGUUGGCAGACAUUUCAGGUUUAGGAGUAGUAUGCUCAAAACGUUGAACUACUUCCUUAAAACUGUAAUGACUGGGUUGCAUAUUGUCUUCAGAGGACGGCUUCUUUGUCUUCUGCGUUAUACCUCAUACUUAAGGGAAUUGCAUUAUAUUCACAAAAAUUAUGCAUGCAGAAAAAUCCUUGCCAAAUGUGAUUUUAUAAAGUGGGACAGUGAUUUUGAUGACAUAUUUCAAAGACUCAAGUCAGAGAAAAAAUGGUCUGAAUUCUCCGAUAGCAGUCUUAAGACUGCUUUGAUUGAACAUUUCUCCCACCUUCAUAAGUUGAAUGAUAAUUUGGAUAUUAGUGUUGGCAACAUGUCUGAGGGUGAUAGCAUAUUGGAGGCAAUCACCAAGGAUUAUUCUGAAGAACUUUCUCGUUUAACCAAGGGAAUCGCGGAGACGAGGAUGAAAAAUUAUGUUGACCACUUGGAAUUCAAGCGUCUCGUGAAUAAAUGUGCUGCUCAGGCUAAAGCUUUAAGUACUGAAUUCAUUGCAAAGGACUGUGCCUUGACCCCCCAGAAGCUGUUUCGCCUAAAAGAUAGAGCAAUGACAGCUGAGAGUUGGAUGCUGGAAAAAUUUUCCAGACUCAAAGCUCGAGUGGGAGGGAAUUAUGUGGGCUCUUUUACUAGAGGUGUGCCUGCAUUUCUUUUGUUAGCUGCAUCAUCUGUCGCUGCACUAGGUACUGGAAGACAAAGGGCUGAAGACAAGGAAGAUAAGGAAAUGAAGGGCUAGGGCUGUUCAUGUUUGUGGAAAGAUAAUUAUUCUCUGAUUAGGCCUCGUUUGGGAACAAGAUUUUGUAGUAACUUUUUGAAUUUUUGAUUAAAAUAUGAUGUAAAAAAAAAAUAGUAUGUUUGGGAUGAUUUUUUAAUUUUUUACGAAAAAAUGUGCAAAAAAAAAAAAAAAAGAGAAAGAAUCUUUGACUUUGUGGUAGAAGUUGCUGAUUUUUUGAUUUUUUUAGUAACUUUUUGACUUUUAGACUAAAAAGUGAUAUUGCCAAAUGAGACCUAAGAUUUGCUUCUGGUGCAGUAGUGAUGUGUAAAUGCAUAUAUAUUAUAUAUAUUUAUUUGUUAUUUUA